AUGGCAUGUGUCAGCGUGCCCGGCUAUGUCUCCAACAAACAGCGCCAGCAGCUGGGCUCCGGCUUUAAUUUAGACUGAUUUCCUGACAGAGGGACUCGUUACAAAUUCAAAGGGCUUGGCGGGGUGCUGGAAGUAUUUAUUUUCAUUUUCACAUUUGGAGUGAAUGCAUUUCUUUACCAAGAUAUCCGAGGAGGAGCCGGAACUACUGCCUCCAACUGACUGGGAGGGAGGUUACUUUUGUCAGCAUGUGGGUGUUUUCGUUCUGUUCUAUUUCAGCUGCGUUCUGAUCGUCCUGGUAUCUUACAGCUCAUUACUUCAGAUUUACAAUGGUAUUCGCACAGUUGUAAAGAGUUGUAGGAAGACUCAAUCAGUGGAAUGCAAGGUAAAUGCCCCACGAGGCUUUUUGCUGUUCCGCCUUCUGGCUUCACUGAAAAGGAGGCUGGGAAGCAUGCUGGGAGCUGUCUUCAGCCCACGCUUCAAUAGGAAGGCUCACAGAAGAGUGCACUACUCCCUGGAGUGGAUGGUACCCCCAGCUGAGAAACAACUGAAGUAUGGGAGGCCAAGCCGGCAUUACAAGAGGUACCGGACACAGUACCUGCGCUCAGCCAGUGGCGAGAUCCUGUGCUACUUGCCAUACAAAAUGAUAGCCUAUCCAUAUGCUGCUGAGAUCUCAACAGGUAUCCACAAGUAUGGGGACUUCAACCUUAUAGACAUGUGGAGCUCCAGCUAUAGCAGGACUGGCUAUAAGUGCAUGCGGUCAGUCAGAGAAAAAGGCUUGAGGAGAUCAGUUAGUAUGGCCAACUUCGAGAAUAGACUUGAAAUGAGACCCAGGCUACUGUCUCCAACUUACAGCUACAAAAGAAUCCAUUUCACCUAAAGCAAUGAUAUUCGAACCCACCUCCCACUUGCUACCAGCAAAAAAUACCUGGGUGGUGGAGGGGGUGGGUGGUCUGAGGGAUGGGGGUAAA